AUGGAUAAUCUUGAGAAUGAGAUUAUUGAAAAACAUUAUGAGCCUAUAGACACAAAGCUGGCAGUUGUCUAUUCUUUGUGCAUUUUCCAAUUAAUUUCAGUUGUUUUUCUGAAGAAUUGGAGAGAAAGUGUAAAAAAUAUUUAGAUUGUUCGAUAUUACUCAGCGAUUUUGGUAUUUGUCACAUCUUAUUACCAGUUUACAAGCUAUGCUGGGAACUAUUAUAAAUACUUCAUUGGCUUUUUAUUUUUGCUAGAAGGAUUUUUGCUUUUAUUAAGCAUAAAAGACCUGAGAUUUAGAAAGGCACUAUCAUUGAAGAUCCCAUAUGUAAAACUCCGGGUUCAUAUAAGGACCCCAAACACAAUUUUUUCACUAUUUUUCUCAUCAGUGAUAAUAGUAAAGGCUAUUUAGGGCAUUUCUUUGUUUUUCGACCUUGAGGCAUUUGAUUCUGUUCAAUAUCAAAGCACAUUUUUAGCAUAUAUUUUGUCAUUAUACCAAUUUGUAGCUCCUCUAGAGGAAUCAAAAACGGUUUAUUGCUUUAUCCAUCAUGCACUGUUCACUCAAAUCCCAAUGUUUAUUAGCUUAUUAGAAGUGUUUAUUAACCUACAGUCUUUUGCUCUUUUUGACAGACCUGAUUUAGCCUUUAUUUGUCUAAGUAUUUUAGUUACUCAUUAUUUUCGGCUUAAACCUACAGUAAAGCAAUACAAAGCGAAGCCUCCAGCAAUCCAAAACCCUAAAGAAGAGCAAUUCAUAGAUCCAGUGAUCCAAGAAAGGCCACGAAAAGAUGGAGGAAUCCAAGGCGAGCCUAAGCUUUCAGUUUAUAUGGACAACGAAGGAGAUUUAGCUAAUGAGUUUUAUAUAGAAAAUCACAAAAAAAUAACAAAAGUUGCUAAAACUAACUUAAAGAAAAUCAGAUAA